GGCUUUUGACAGAAUCCAACGUGUAUAAAACGGAGCGUGAAUGAGACCGAUGUAGAUAAAUUAAGAAAUUGAAUGAAAUAUUUAGUGCACAAAGAAAAGGAUUUAGUGUAAUUGUGUUAGAAGUUGAUCAAAAUAUUUUUUACGUGAUAUACAAGUUAUAUUAUUGGUGCAGCAAUAUAUAAGUUAAAUCUUAUUGCUAUUUUUAAUAACCUAGUAAACAUAGUAAACAUUAUAGAUUCAAAAUGAAUAAUAAAAUGCUAUUAACUUUCAUUGUAAUUAUUGGAAUUAUAUCAGCUAUUACAGCUUUAAAGAAUGAUGAGUGUGAAGUAUGCAUUUCUACUGUGGAUAAAUUUGUUAAGACUUUAAGUGAUGAUGUAAAGAAAGAUACAAAGAAAAUAGAAGCAGCAUUUAAAGAAUUUUGUAAAGGUACUAAAUCUAAGGAAAACAGAUUUUGCUACUAUCUAGGUGGUUUGAAAGAAUCUGCAACAGGUAUUUUAAGUGAAUUGAGUAAACCUAUAUCUUGGUCUAUGCCUGCAAAUAAAGUUUGUGAAAAACUAAAAAAGAUGGAUGCUCAAAUUUGUGACUUGAGAUUUGAGAAACAAAUUGAUAUCAAUACUGUGGAUCUGAAGAAACUCAAAGUGCGUGAUUUAAAAAAGAUCUUGAGUGAAUGGGAUGAAUCGUGCGAGGGAUGCAUAGAAAAGACAGAUUUUAUUAAGCGAAUUGAAGAACUCAAACCAAAAUAUUCUCAUAGUUCAAAAACAGAACUCUGAAAAGUGUUAAGUGAUGACAUACAUAAGUUAACUGAUCUUGAUACAAGUAUGAGCGACCACGAAUGGUAACACCGGCUGGAAGUUUUGGUUUAUUGCACGAAAGUCCUACAAAAAUUAGUUAGUAGAAGAAAUCUGAC